AUGUCUCCCGUCGUAAAACCAGUGCAGCUCCGCCGUCAUGGUGGGACCACCGACAUAAUGUUCGUCACCCGUCAACUGCAGGAGAAAUGUCAGGAGAUGCGGACCCACCUCUACUCCAUUUUCGUAGAUCUGAAGAAAGCCUUCGACAUGGUGAAUCAUGAAGGACUGUGGAAAAUCAUGCAGAAAUUCGGCUGUUCCGAACGAUUCACUCAAAUGAUGCGUCAGCUCUAUGACAGCAUCAUGGCACGAGUCACGGACAAUGGAGCUGUCUCUGAGACAUUCGUAGUGGCCACCGGAGUGAAGCAGGGUUGCAUCCUCGCGCUUACCCUAUUCAUUCUCAUGUUCUCUGCCAUGCCGAUGGACGCCUACCGUGACGAUUGCCCGUGGAUCGGCAUCGCCUACAGGAUGGACGGCCAACUCAUCAACCACCGACGGAUGUACUUCCAGUCGCGUGUAUCCACAAAGACCGUCCAUGAACUUUUCUUCGCCGACGACUGCGUCCUCAACGCUACCUCGGAAGAGGACGUGCGAAGGAGCAUGGACGUCUUCACCGCCGCUUGUGACAACUUCGGCCUGGUCAUCAACACGGAGCAAACGGUGGAUAUGCAUCAAUGGCCACUCGACGCUACCUACGUCGCACCCAAAAUCAACGUAAACGGCGCCCAACCACAAGUCGUAAACAACUUUACCUAUCAGGGCAGCACUCUCUCCCGCAGCACCAAAAUCAAUGAUGAAGUGACCCGUCGCAUUUCCAAAGCCAGCCAAACCUUCGGCCGUCUGUGA